AGUCAUAGUGACGUUUUAUCAGUAACUAGAGGUAGGGGUGUCCAUUAUGCGCGACACUGUCCAAUUCUAUUAAAGUGGGUUGGUUCAGCAGCAACGACAAAAUCGGUUCAACCCACCAAACAGAAUUGCAUAUUUAAAAAGCACACAAUCGAGCAAGCAAGUGAGAAAAAAAGACGCUGCAGCCCACAACUGCUUUUCGGCGAGCAACUGCACAGCCGCAGCGUGUCUUCAAGCUAAGCAGACAUUAGCAAGUGAUGACAAGGCGCCUUUCUUUUACCUCCUCUGGAUGCCAACUUUCAAAUUGAAUAGAGGGUAAUCUCUUCAUACGACACCUUUUAGACAACUUCACCAAGCCGCGAGCUCACGGAGAGCAAAAUAAGGAGCAUCUCGCUUAUUGUUUUCUGUGGGCAACUCUAUGCUAGCUAGUUAGCACUCGGCAUAAAGUUAGCCGAAGAAAGCAGCGAGGCAAGCGGCCGUCGCCUCCCCCUCUUCACCGAGCGUCUGUGACAUGGGCUUAUUGAGUCAAGGCUCACCGCUAAACUGGGAAAAUACCAAGAAGUAUGCGGAUCACAUCAGAACUCACGGCAUCCUUCAGUUUGUCAACAUUUACAACAAUCUGAAGGACCGACAGAAGGAUGUGCUGAAAUGGGGCGAUGAGGUUGAGUAUAUGUUAGUGGAACUGGAUGACAAGGAAGAAAAGGUUCGACUGGUGCUGAAUAGUUCUGAUGUUUUGGAUACCCUUCAAAGCCAAGGUGAAAUGAUAAAUCCCAACCACCCCACACUUUGGAGGCCAGAAUAUGGCAGCUACAUGAUAGAGGGAACUCCAGGGCAGCCCUAUGGCGGCACCAUGUCAGAGUUUAACACUGUGGAGAGCAACAUGGGGAAGAGACGACGAGAGGCUUCUUCUGUCCUGAACCAAAAUGAAAUUGUAUGCACAAUCACCUCAUUUCCAAGGCUGGGUUGCCCUGGUUUUACGCAGCCUGAACACCCACCAACGCCUGUUGAGAGCGGGGCGUCGAAGUCACUGUUUUUCCCGGAUGAAGCCAUUAACAGACACCCAAGAUUCAGCACCCUUACCAGGAACAUAAGACACAGACGAGGGGAGAAAGUAGCAAUCAAUGUGCCGAUCUUCAAAGACAAGUGCACACCAUCUCCAUUCAUAGAGGAGUUUACUGAAGACGACGGGGAGUCUGCAAGGGCAGCUCUGCCUGACCACAUCUACAUGGACGCUAUGGGCUUCGGGAUGGGCAACUGCUGCCUGCAGGUUACAUUCCAGGCUUGCAGCAUUGAUGAGGCAAGAUACCUUUAUGACCAACUAGCGACAUUCUGUCCAAUAGUGAUGGCUCUGAGCGCUGCCUCUCCCUUCUACAGAGGACACGUGUCAGACAUUGAUUGUCGCUGGGGGGUUAUUUCUGCCUCAGUGGAUGACCGGACACAGGAGGAACGUGGACUCAAGCCUUUGAAAAACAACAAAUACAGAAUCUUCAAGUCAAGAUACGACUCCAUUGAUAGUUACCUGUCUAAAUGCGGCGAGAAAUACAACGACAUUGAUUUGACAAUCGAUGAGGACAUCUACAAGCAGCUGCUAGGUGCAGGAAUUGACAAGCUGUUGGCCCAGCACAUUGCUCACCUCUUCAUCAGAGAUCCGCUCUGCACCUAUGAGGAGAAAUUGCACCAGGAUGACGAGAAUGAGUCGGACCACUUCGAAAACCUCCAAUCUACUAACUGGCAGACAAUGAGGUUCAAGCCACCACCUCCAAACUCUGACAUCGGCUGGAGAGUUGAGUUCCGCCCAAUGGAGGUUCAGCUCACUGAUUUUGAGAACGCUGCCUAUGUUGUCUUUGUCGUCCUACUCACCAGAGUCAUCUUGUCCUACAAACUGGACUUCCUCAUCCCAUUAUCCAAGGUGGACGAGAACCUUAAAGUGGGACAGAGGAGGAACGCCGUGCAGGAGGGAAUGUUCUAUUUCCGAAAAGACAUCUUCAAAGGAUGCAACCCGGGUCUGGACGCCAACUCUUCGGCCCAGAAUGGUUGCGAGACAGAUGGAGCUAACGAGGAGUACACGCUAAUGAGCAUCGAUACUAUCAUCAACGGAAAAGAGGGCGUUUUUCAAGGGCUCAUCCCCAUCCUCAAUUGCUAUCUGGAGAACAUGGAAGUUGACGUGGACACCAGAUGCACCAUUUUGAAUUACCUGAAGCUCAUCAAGAAGCGUGCCUCAGGCGAACUGAUGACGAUGGCCAAGUGGAUGAGGGAGUUUGUGGCCAAGCACCCCGAGUACAAGCAGGACAGCGUCAUCAGUGACAAAAUCAACUACGAUUUGUUCGUGAAGUGCAACAGAAUUGCCAAGGGCGCCGAACAAUGCCCCGAGCUCAUUGGGAAUCCAGUCAACAAGGUUAAGUGAAAAUCUCCACUUGCACGGCAGCGAAGCGUAUGACGACGACCAAAUAUGAGGCUCAAGUUGAAAUCGGUCCACUUUAAAAAAGAAAAUAUGACAAAACAUUUUUAAGAGAAAAAUACAUCUGCAGCAAUCUUAUGUACUGUACAUAUACUGUAACAGAUUUUUAUGACUGGAAAUUAUUUUAAUAGGGUUAUAGGAAAUGGUAUUAAAAAAAAAAAGGCUGUCAUAGAAAUUGUGUAUUUAUUUUUCCCAGGAAAUCUGUGUGUAAAUGUAGCAAAGAGUUGUACAGUAGUAUGUUUUCUCAUCUCUACUUUUAAUACUGUACUUCUGCUUAACAUUACCAUGACACGUGCUUGUCUCAUUGCAUCUGUGUGAGCUUUCUUGUUUUUAGGGACAAAGUCCCUUUGAUUGCCUGGAUUUGUAAUCACAGGCAUUCAAAUGGAGGCGCUAUACAUUGUGAUGCUGUUUCAAAUAA